CGCCCACGAGGGGGAGGAGCCUAUGGAGGACGACAGCGCGGAGUGGGAGGAGCCUCAGGAGGUGGAAAUGGGCGGAGCUUUCCCCGGAUUGGCCGAGGCGGCGCUGGGGGCGCUGGGGGAGCUGGCGGAGAACUGCGGCUCCGCCCUCCUGCCCUACCUGGACUCCUCCCUCUCCGCCAUCUUGGAUCUGACCCAGUUCCCGCUGUGCCAGCUCAGAGCCGCCGCCUACGAGGCCCUGGGGAGCGUCUGCUGCUGCGGGAGGGAGCGCCAGACUGCCCCCUCCCCCGUCCACCAGGGGGCGCUCCAGGCCCUCCUGAAGGGGCUCCGGACGGACCCGGAAGUGGGCGGGGCCUUGGGGGCGGUGGGCGGGGUCGGGCGGAUCCUGCAGCCCCCAGGCCACGCCCACAAGGAGUGGCUGGAGCCCAUUGGACGAGCCCUGUGUGACGUCAUCGCCGGGGAGAUCGCCUGUCUGAGAUCGCGGGGGGACGGCGACGAGGACGAGGUGGGGGAGGGGCUCCCAGUUCAAACCAGUUCAGCCCGGUUCGAUCCCAGUCCCCCCCAGUGCGAUCCCAGUUCGAUCCCAGUUCGAUCCCAGUUCGGUCCCAGUUCGAUCCCAGUCCCUCCCAAUCUCAGCCAAUCGCUGCUCGCGCUGCUCCGCCAGGUGGGCGGGGCCGACCCUCAGCGCUUCCGGGAGGGCGUGGCCUCCCUGGACCCCGCCCACGCCGCCAUCUUGUGCCGGAUGUUGGACGACGUCAUCAGCAGCCAAUAA